UGUCUUUCGCUUUUCCUCUCUCUGCAGGCUAAACAUGGCUGCGCUCUUAAGAUCAGCCCGGCCCCUUAAAUGUUCACCGGCUGCAUUGCUUCAGGUCUUCGGAAACAGCAGACAUGUAUCGGCAGCUAGUCGUCUUUACAGCGAAGCGGUCGGGACUACUCGUGCAGGGUUAUGUGUACAGACAGUCCCGGGACGCUUAAAUGUAAACAGUUUGUCCUCAUACAGAUUGACCCUGCCCUGUGUGAGCUGUCGUCAGUAUGGUGUUGUCCCGGAGCAGAGGGGGCUGGUGAAGGAUGAGCCCAGUGUGGCGGUCCGUUCCAAGCAGGCUCAGCAGUUUGACUGGGCUCUUGUCAAACUAGACAGCUCAGUCCGAAGGACAGGCAGGGUCACCAAAACACUGCUGCUGCGUAUCUUCCAUGAUAUUUGCAGAACAGGAUAUCCAAGUGGAAAUCAAGCCCUGUUGUUGCUGAGAAGCUGUGGCUCUCUGCUUCCUGAGGUUCCCUUGGCUGAGCGCGUAGAGCUGUCACAACAGAUCUGGGACAAGCUUCAAGAACUGGGCACCACCUAUGAUGUAAGCCAUUACAAUGCCCUGCUUAAGACGUACCUGCAGAAUGAGUUCAGAUUCUCUCCAACCGACUUCCUUGCUAAAAUGGAAUCUGCUAAUGUUCAGCCAAACAGGGUGACCUAUCAGAGACUCAUUGCAGCCUAUUGUGAAGUUGGCGACAUUGAAGGUGCAAGUACAAUCCUGGGCUUUAUGAAGAGCAAAGACCUGCCCAUCACAGAAGCUGUGUUCAACUCGCUAGUGACAGGCCAUGCCCGUGCAGGGGACAUGGACAGUGCUGAAGGCAUCCUAUCAGUCAUGAAAGGUUCAGGGAUUGAGCCGGGCCCAGACACGUACCUGUCUCUCCUCAACGUGUAUGCUGAGAAAGGAGAUAUAUCCCAAAUUAAACAGACUCUAGAGACGGUGGAGAAUGCAGAUAUCCUUCUGAUGGACAGAGAUUUGAUGCAGGUGGUUUUCAGUCUGACUAAGGCCAGCCAUCAGCAGCAUGUGCCUGAGAUUGUGGAGCGCAUGCGUCACGAGAGAGGAUAUGUGCCAGACGCUAUGAACCUCUGCUUGAGUCUGAUUACCCACGGACAUGAAGAGACUGCGUUUUCUGUGCUAAAGAGCUUCACCGGCCUGCUGGUAGAGUCACAGACCAGUGAUUCCCCAGACUUGGGAAACUUCUUUCUUCGCCACUGCGCCAAUAUGGACAAGCCUGUGGAAAACAUAGUUGGGUUUUGCAAAGAUCUAAAAGAUUCAGGUCUGCACUCAUCGCCACUGCAGUUCACCCUUCAGUGUGCCCUGGAAGCUAAAAAGACCGGUAUGGCUGUUGAGCUCAUGAGAAGCAUGAAGGAGGAGGGCUUGCCUCUCAGACCUCACUACUUCUGUCCCCUGUUCACUCAUUACCAGAAAGACAAGAACAUUCCCGGUACUCUGCAAGCUUUGAGAGCCAUGCAAGAACUGGGCGUCGCGUCAGACGUUGAUACUUUUAGUAUCUAUAUCCUGCCAUCUUUCCCAUCAGUGGACAGUGCCCGCACUUCUCUUAAGGAGGCAGGUAUUGACGUGGACGGCAAUGUUUUGAUUGCGGCAGAAUUACGAACAGAAGCAUCACGUGGAAACCUUGCAGGGCUGUUCUCUCUGAUGUCUUCACCUGCUCUUCCAAACAUUGACCUCAGUGCUUUCAGAGCCAGUCUGAUCUCUGGAUUCAGAGGGUUUCACAAUGUGGAGCUUAUGGCAAAGAUUACAGAGCUUCUCUAUAAAGACCCUCGGUUCAAUAGUGCUGACCCUGAAACUUCAGAAAAUGUGGCCUACUUCCUUUACAACCUGAUUGAUUCCCUGAACGAGACCGAGGUGCACUCCAAAGAAGAGCAGAUUAGGGAGUACUUCGGCCUGCUUAAGAACAUGAAUAUCAGCAUCUCGCUGAACAUCUUCAGAGGAAUCAGGAACAUUCUGGAGUCCUACCAAGUUCCAGAACUUGUCAAGGAUGUCCUUGCUCUUGUGGAUAAAAAGGACAAUGGGUUUGAGACUGAUGCAACACUGCUUGGAGGUUUGGAGGGGAAACUUUCUUUCCUGGAGAAGACCCUGGCAGAGCUGAAAGCUGAGGGCAAGCCAGCCAGUUCCACCCUCAAAAAAGUAAUCACUGUCCUGUGUUCCGAGGAGAGACUGGAGCGAGCUCUGGAGCUUAAAACUCAGUAUGAAACGGAUAUGACUCCUGCCGCAUAUGCCACGCUCAUCAACUUGUGCUGCCGCCAUGACAAUGCCGAGGAAGCCCUCAAGCUAAAGAUGGAAUUGGCUCGCAGGGACUCUGAGGCAGCGCUGGAUGCUCAGAAGUAUGUGGCCUUGGUCCGAGUGCUAUCCAAACACGGCAAGCUGGAAGAGGCGAUAGACAUGCUGAAGGAGAUGAAGGAGAAGGAUGUGCAGUUAAGGGACAGCGCAAUCGGUUUGCUCACCCUCACAAUGAACACAGCUGCGAUGAAAGGAGAUGCCAACACUAUUCGAUGCCUCCAGGAGACAGUCUUCACUUUGGGCCUGGCCAAACCGUCCAGUAACCUCUGCUCACCCCUCAUCUCUUGCUAUAUGGAGAGGUAUUACAAGGAGAAGACUCCUGGUCUAAGGGCACGACCAACCCGUCUGCAGUGGUUUGCAGAGAAAUGCAUUGCAGCCCAACAGAUGGAGCCCCUUGAGAACAUGGUGGACAUGACUGUCAAGCUGUUCGAGUGUGACAGAGAUGACAUGUACCACUAUUUGUUACGCCUCUGCAAGGAGACCAAUGACUGGCAAAAGGCUGAGGCAACCUGGAUGAAAAUGCAAAAGGAAAAUUUGGCUCCAAGAGAGAGGACCCUGCGUUUGCUUGCUGAUAUCCUUAAAAACAAUGACAAGGAGGUGCCUUUCGAGGUGCCUGAGGUGUGGUUUGAGGAGGUCAUAGGUCAGCCUGAGAUGUUUUUGGAGCAAGAGAUCAAAUCUAGCCCCAUGGUUCAGGCUGCCCCUCGUAAAAGGGUUGCUGCUUCACCCCCUAAAGAGGCCACAGUUGAUGACUACAGACUUAAACUCCUGUCUCUUUGCAAGAAGGGCAAAGCACAAGAGGCCAAUGACAUCCUGAAGGAAGCAGAUAGCAUGGGCAUGGUUCUCAGCCCUGCUCCAUAUGAUACCGUCAUCAAAACCCUCCUAGCCUCAGGCAACAUUGAGGAUGCCAUGGCUGUCAAAAACAUUGCCACUGAUCAUAUUCCUGGAUUCAGUUUGAGUGACAAUGCCAACAACCUUCUCAUCAUCUCUCAGGUGAAGAGAUGCCAGAUGAAAGAUGCAAUGGGAACUCUUAAGGGCAUGUUACAGGCUGACCAGGUGCCCACUCAGCUGGCCAUCACUCGACUGGUCCAGGGUCUCGCAAAUGAAGGAAAUUCACAGGACAUCCAGGAAGUGGAGGCCUUGGUGAAGACUUUAGGCUCCAUCAAGCUGUCCAGCAUGUUAUUUGUCAACAAUACUGCUCUCGCUCAUAUUAAAAAUGAGGACAUUGACAGUGCGGUGGAGCUGUUGGAGUCCUUUUACAUCCAGAACACAGAGAAUCAGAAAUCCAGUAUUUAUUUUGUCUUCCGCAAAGUUCUAGAUGCCAACAACGAUGCUGUACUAGAUAAAUUGAGUGCCAUGGCGGAAAGGCUCUGCAAUCACUUUGCCUCCUACAGAGCCGCUACAGACCUCUUCCUGAUUUACUUGGACACGGGCAGGACAGAAGAGGCCAAGUUCCUCCUGCAGCGCUGUGCGGCUGUCAAUGAGCAGAAGGACACAAUGUUCACAUACAUGUUGCGAGCGGCUCAGCACCCGGGACAGGCUGCCAAAAUUAAGGCUCUGUCUGAGCUGAUUCCUGACUUCACAGAGAAGGAGAAUAUCUUUUCAUAUUUGGUGAAAUGCUAUGGUUUAGACAAGGACUUCAGUUCAGCGAAGGCUCUGUAUGAGCGCAUGCAGGCUGAGGGGGUGAAGGCUGAUGAGUUGACUCUCAAGAGACUGGCGCUACUAUACAAGGAAGCUGGAGCAACUGUUCCCUUCGACGAGCCUCCGGAGUCUUUUCGUUUCUACGCAGACAGACUGAAUAAGCAGCGCUCUGAGUCCAUAGAGCCGGCCGACAACUAAAAACAACUUGUCAUUUAUUCUUUUUGUUCGUUUUUUUACAUUCAACAUAUGUGCACAGCUUGCGUGUUAGUUAUACUGUGAUUGUUUGUUCGUUUUUUGCCCUUCAUAAUGGUGUCAUGAUAUGGUUAAUGUGUACAUAGAUAUUUAUGCAAAUAAAUGUAAAUCCAAAA